AUGAAAGGGGAAAGAGCAGAAGAGCAUUUGAUUCAAACUCCACAUGUGGAUGAUCAAAACCUGAGGCUUCCUCGCGAUACUUUCCCUAACAGGUUUCUAUACGAGAUUAGUCGCCACAGAACCUUUGUAAUUGCUGUUAGCUCGGAGCUGAUAUUGUAUGCUUUUUCGAUUUACAGAGGUCUGACCAGCAAGGAUCGCGAUAUAGGGUUUUUGAUUGCGCUUUUUAUGAUAGUAUUAGGAUCUACCGGUAUUAUACUAACAGGCAUCAUUACCAUAUGCUUGCUGAACGACUGUGGGACAGAUCCAUCAAAUACACUGCAUUUUAUGAAAGAAAUAGUUGCUGUAGGACUACAAAUGGAAAUGAGAGAGUGGGAUAUUAUAGCCGCUAGAAUGAACAGGGUUUUUUACCUUAAUAAUUCAUGGGCAACCCCUUAUUUUUUUUACGACGGAGAAGCGUGUCAUUCUUUCUUUAAAAACUACUACCUUAAGCAUUAUUCAAGAGGAGAAAAAACCAGUGGCACGAAUACAUACGGUCUCGAAGAAUUUCAACCUUUUGUCGACCAAGCUGUGGAAGCAUACAAAAAAAGCGAGACAAGGAUGUGCAGUCCAUUUUGA